AUGGUUCCUCUACAUCUGAGCGUUCUCACUCUUGCCCUUGUAGGCCGGGCGUUGGGCAUAGCUUUUGAUGGAGCGGUCGGAUUCGGUGCCAUCGCCACUGGUGGUAACAGCGGAACAACUGUUCAUGUUACGAACCUCCUGGACUCUGGCAGUGGAUCGUUCCGCGACGCAGUUAGCCAUUCCAACCGCAACAUUGUCUUCGAUGUCAGCGGAUACAUCCAGCUCAAAUCCGCGGUAUCUCUAUCCAGCAGCCUAACAAUAAAUGGCCAGUCCGCACCAGGGAAUGGCAUUGGAAUCAUGGGUGGUGAAAUUUCUGCCAGCGAUAAAAGCAACAUCAUUAUACGCAAUCUACGAAUGCGCCAAGGCACUUUGGACACCGACACUGGCAAAAGUGCCUUCAAUAUGGGAGGCGCUUCCAAUGUCAUUCUUGACCAUUGCUCUGUCGAGUACGGCCAAUGGGAUUCGAUCGAUGCCGUAGGUGCUGUGAAUAUCACCGUGUCAAACUCAAUCAUUGCCCUGCCUAUUGGACAGCAGUUUGGCGCUCACGUUGAGACAGGGCCAUCGACCUUUUACCGCAACCUCUGGGUCAGCGCUCACAAUCGCCAGCCACUCUCAAAGGACAACACCCAAUACGUUAACAACGUUGUCUACAACUAUCAAGCUGGCUACACCUCGGGGAACACUGGUGGAGUGUUCUCUCACGACAUCAUCAACAACUACUUCAUCACGGGCCCAAGCACAACCAGCUCCAAGAAUGCCUUUUACCAAAUGGCAGCUGAUCAGAGUGUCUAUGCUACGGGCAACUAUCUCGAUAGUAAUAAUGACGGGCAGCUGAAUGGGGCGCCGGAUAAUACUGUUGGCUCAUCGACUGUCCUCAGCAAGCCAUGGGCCUCUACCUCGCUCGGGCUUGCCACUAUGUCGGCCGCGGAUGCUGUUACAUAUGUCCUGGCGAACGCUGGCGCAACUCCCCGAGAUGAACUUGAUACAUUUGUUGUGAACGUUGUGGAAUCCUUUGGCACUCAGGGCACGCUAUAUAAGAAUCAGGCAAACACGGGCGUUUCCAAUGGUGGUUAUGGCACGCUAUGA